UUUGGUCACAUAAACAUGAGGAUACCGUCACCUUAGGGCGCACCACAGUAACUUUGUGUAACUCUUUCCACUAUACCCACGAGAGUCGACUAGUCACCUCACCCGUGCCAGUCGGACCUGUAUGGCCCCAUCGAUCGCCAUGUCAGCUUUGACCGCUGGUUUGAAAACCGAAGACCUUCCUCCCCGCUCGGUUCUCGUCAGCAGAGGCGACAUGCAGACCAGUCUGAGCCCCGCAGAGGACACUGGGAAGCCCAAAGUUGCUAUUUUGCCCUUCAGUGUUGAGGCGCUGAUGGCUGAUAGGAAACCCAGCAGAGAGGUGGCAUCCCCGGAUGCCACGUCCGUUCCCGGGACGUCCCAGGCGCUGGGAAAGGGCUCAAGGAUGGGUGCUUUCGGUAGUCUGGAUACUUCGGUUCCUGCUUUAGCCAUGAGCUCCUCGUUUUCAGUGGGCGACAUCAUGAACAUGCCAGAAGACGUGUUGAUUAAACCCGAGAGCCCGGACAGUAAAGACAGGACUUCAUGGAUACAGAGUCCUCGUUUUUCUCCCACACCUCCACGAAGGUUGAGUCCUCCUGCCUGUCCACUGCGAAAACACAAGACAAACAGAAAGCCCCGGACCCCCUUUACGACGUCCCAGCUGCUGGCUCUGGAGAGGAAGUUCCGCCAGAAGCAGUACCUUUCCAUCGCCGAGCGCGCAGAGUUCUCCAGUUCCCUCAACUUGACGGAGACCCAGGUCAAAAUCUGGUUUCAGAACAGGAGAGCCAAAGCCAAGCGGCUGCAGGAGGCAGAACUUGAAAAACUGAAAAUGGCAGCUAAGCCUAUGCUGCCUCCAGCUUUCGGGAUUUCCUUUCCUCUCGGUGCGCACGUCCCCGCGUCCUACGCAGGGUCGCACCCGUUCCAGAGGCACUCACUGCCGGUUUCCCCAAUGGGACUGUACGCCGCUCACGUCGGAUACAGUAUGUACCACCUCGCUUGACAGGGACGGAGGACGAGGGGCACGCACAGAAAGACACAAGGGGGUUAAGACUACUUUCUGAGGGGCCCGUGCGAGAGGGGGGGCCUUCGGACAGGCGAGGUGACACUGUACUAAAUAAAGAGGUAUCAUGGCGGUGAGGUCAGUGUCACAACAUGUCAGAGGGCAAAGACCUCCAAACAGAGACCCUCCCUUCUGAGGACCUUGAAGUUUAUCCACUUCUCUUGGCCUCGCCAGUAAGUUCACACACUGCAAAAAUAAUCCGACUUUAUUAGUCAUUUCAUCAUGAGUCUUAAAUCUGUUUUUUUUUGUCAGUGGAUUUUGAACUAACGUCACUCAAGAACCUUUUUUUUUUUUUACUAGAAAUCCGAAUUCAGAAAAACAACCUGAGUGAGAAACUAAAUGACUUUAAGGUGGACAUUUUUGCGGUGCAGAGGUGGAAAACAAAUAAGUCGCUGUAGGCCUGUGAUGUAUCACGACUGGGCAGACAAGUAUGGACACUUGGCUGUGCCAGAGUGUCAUAGAUAGCCCACUCCUCUACCUUCAUGGCUGCUUACAGCCACGGCUAUUAUACCAGCUCCUGUGAGUAGGUCAGAGACUGCAGCAUGACAUUUUGCAGCAACAAACUUCCAUCGCAUCUGUGGACUGCUGUCACACUGCAAAAAAAAACCCCGUACCUUUUCCUUUUUUGCAUUCAUAUCAAUGCGUAACUUUAGUGGGUUACUGAAUCCAGUGUCAAUAAAUGCUCUUUGUGAAUUUGGAGAACCACAGCAUUUGUUUUUAUAACAGCACUGUCUGUUGUUGGAAUGAUUCCCUUCGGAAGGGAUAUGUGUACUGUAAAAUAAUGUAUAUUUGAAGAAUAUCCUCAUUUAUAUUAUGAAUAUAUUUGUGACAUAACUUAACAAUAAAUUGUUUAUUCUUUUUCAUUAA